UUGACGGCAGCAAGUGUGCGUCUCCAGUUUCGCGGAGCCGUUUGGUUCGGAUUCAACUCCAGCAUGGAAUACAGUCAUAACUUCUAAACUCUGGAGGAUUUAAAUCUUGUAUCCUGAAGAAUCUGCUCAUCUAGAAAGAUGGAGAAGGAUUUCUCAUCGACGCCCUCUGCUGUCACCACCCAGGGGUUAUGCCAUGUCCUGGAUGGAUCCUCUAAUCCCUCCACUGCACAGAUUCCUCCUUCACCCGCCUCUGCUGCUCCCUCCCAGCAAAACAAGUCAACAUCCUCUUCAGAAUCAAAACAGUCUUCUCCUCCACCAUCCGCACAGACUAAACCGAUGGAUUCCCCUCCAUCUUUAGAUAAGCCAAAGCCAUUAUCUCCUAAACCCACAUCUACGACUGUUCUAACUAAACCUCCCGUCUCUGCUCCAAACAAAACACCACUUACUGCUUCUCCCAACGCCUCUACUCCUCAAAUCCCCAAAACGCCAUCCUUUUCCAAGCUCAAAUCAGCCUCCUUUGCAUCAUCCUGUAGCACAGAUUCGCCUCCUCCUUCCCCCACUACAGCUUCUCCAUCUUCUUCCACUCCACCUACCAAACGCACCUUUGCCUCCAUGGCCAAGAGGGUGAUAAUGCAGGAAAGACUUAGAAAAGCAGAGGAAGAGGAUGCCAACGAAGAUGAAGACGAUGAAGAGCCAGAGGAGGAUUUGUCUGUGGAGCAGAUAGAGGAGAAGGCAAAAGCUGGUGAUGCCAGAGCUCAGCACCGAUUGGGUCAGCACUACUUGAUUGUUGCUGAAGAGAAGGAUGCAGAAUCAAAUAACUGCCUGGCUGUUAACUGGCUGAUUAAAGCAGCUAAGCAGGGAAGAAAGGGUGCAGCAAGACUCCUGCAGCGCUGCUGGAUCCAGAAAAAAGGAAUAACUCUGGAGAAUGAGGCUGACGUUCGCAAGUUGUCGACAGAGAGCAAGUUUGAGCUGGCAGUACGCAAGGCAGCCAUGAUGAUGUACUGGAAGCUCAACCCAGACAGGAAGAAGAAGGUGGCUGUGUCUGAGAUGCUGGAAAAUGUCAGCCAAGUCCACGCGGUGCCAGGUGGCACUGCAAGCAGGAUUCCUGGCCCGACUUCAGGCCAGACCCAGAAAGUGCUGGAAAGCAUGGUCAGCAGUGAAUCCAGACAGUUGGUGGACCUGGAUGACUUUGUUGAGAUGACAAAAAAGUAUGCACAAGGCAUUGUCCCCUCUAGUUCCCAAAGUGGCAACCAGGUCACAGCCAAAACAGAAAGAGCUGCACCGCAUGAUCGUGGCAGGGAGCACAAGACUGAGCUCAUCCCAUCAGGAUACAAGAAGUCCCACAGAAAUUCUUGGAGUUUUGGAGGUGGGAUGAUGCUGGACAGGAAGCAGACUGGUGCCAUUCAAAAAGCCAUGGAUGUGAAAUCACGCUUAAUGAUGCUGCAUUACCCAUUGCAUGCAGUUGUUGAGAUGAAGGAGCACCUUGUUGACUGGGCGUCGCGGGCCGGUGUCCAGUGGCUGAGCACGGUCAUCCCCACGCAACACGUCAACGCGCUCAUUUUCUUCUUCAUCAUCAGCAACCUGACGGUCGACUUGUUUGCCUUUGUUAUCCCUCUACUUGUUUUCUACCUCUCCUUCAUCUCCAUGAUCAUCUGCACUCUGCGCGUUUUCCAGAGCAGCAAGACAUGGGAGAACUUCAGUGCCCUGACUUCUCUGCUGACACGUUUUGAACCUGGCCUAGAUGUGGAGCAAGCAGAGACGAACUUUGGCUGGAACAACCUGGAACCAUACCUCUAUUUCAUCGUCUCUGUCUUCUUCGUCAUUUUCUCCUUCCCCGUGGCUGACAAGAACUGGAUCCCCUGUUCUGAACUCUCCACUGUGGCCGUCUUCUUCACUGCUGUCAGCUUCCAGAGCCUCAGUCCAACUGCUGCAACAUAUGCACGCCGGGCAAUGGCCAUAGAGGUAGCCUCAUCUCUGUGUUGCCUGACCCAGUUCCUUCCGGAGCACAUGACAGUGCUCCGUUUACUGGGACACACCUUCUCCACGCUGCCACUUGGGGAGUCAGUAGUGCUGAAGCUCAGUCUCCCGUGCCUGCUGUAUCUCUACCUGUUCUACCUGUUCUUUAGCAUGGCAAGGAUGCGUGGUUUCCGGGGCAUUUACUGCUUCUUGGUUCCGUACCUUGUGUGCUUCAUGUGGUGUGAGUUCUCAGUGGUGCUCCUCCAGAACUCCUCCCCCGUGGGUCUGAUCCGCACUUGCGUGGCCUAUUUCCUCUUCCUGUUUGCGCUGCCUGUCCUGGCGUUUGGUCUUGCCACCAUGCUCUUCAUCCAGAUAUUCAAAUGGUUCCUUGAGCUGGAACUGACAAAGGUGAUCGUGACCCUGGUGGUCUGUGCCAUUCCUGUCACCCUGCGGCUCUGGACACGGUUCAGCAUGUCUAUCCUGGAUGUCUUCCGUUCAUUGACGCACCGCGGCCCGGUCAAACUCAUCCUGCUCUGCAUCUCCAUGGUGAUCCUGUUCUUCUCCAUCUAUGUGUACCAUGCAGAGGGGCAGAAGGUGUACAACUCCACCCUGACCUGGAACCAGUACAGCCAAGUUUGUGGGCCUCCUGCCUGGGAAACCAAAGGCAUGGCUCAAACACAGAUCUUUUGUAGCCACCUGCAUGGACACAGAGUCACCUGGGCUGGGCGAUUCAAGCAUGUCCGUGUGGCAGAGACGGAAAACGGUGCACAGUCUGUCAUCAACAUGUUACCAGUGUUUAUGGGUGACUGGCUGCGCUGCUUGUAUGGUGAGACGUAUCCCAAAUGUGAGCCAAAGAACGCAACGGUUGCAAAUCUGACAGCUGCAGGUGCGGCAGCAGGUUCUGCAUCAGCAACUGUUCUGCUGCCUGUAUUGCUUCGAAUGCAAGAGGAGGAUGAGUUGUGUCAGAUCAAGACUCUGGCCAAACACAACUGCCAUGUCAAGCGCUUCGACAGCUACCGAUUUGAGGUUACAGUGGGAAUGAUCCGGGAUGGAAGUGGAGAGACAGAAGACCCAGCCAGAGAUAUAAUCUUAAUGGCCAGCCAUGAGUUCAGACAAGUUCUGCUAAAUCUGAGUCCUGGUCAUAUGGUGGAGUUCAGCACCAAGCUGGAGGGCCGUCUGGGAGCCAAAGCUCCAGCCUUCGAGCUAAAAGCCAUCCACUGCCUGGACUGUGUUUCUUCACUGCUAACUGGAGGCAGGCAGGUGAAGAUAGAGAGAGACUGGAGGCGAACCACAAUGAGAGCCCUGAAGUUUGCAUUUGACUUCUUCUUUUCUCCGUUCCUGUCAGCAAAAAUCACUGCCUGACAAGAAAAACAAGACAGGGAAGCUAAAGUAAUAACGAUUACUUGAAUCUCUUCAGGACGUCAGCCUUUUUUUGUGCUGUGGUUUUCAUGUUACAAUUUAACUUAUAAAAUUGUUUACAAAUCGAUUUGUGGAUCUAAAGCUCAUAUUUAUGUACUGGCAUUUCAGGAAAGCAAUAAUUUCUCUGAAAUCUUUCAGUAUUUUUGAUAGUACUUCGUGUUAGUGCAUGAGUUUACAAAGAUUUCACUACAUCAGUUCUUGUAAAGCAGUUCAAAGAUGUUCAGAUGCCGACUUUUGCUAGAGACCCUAUUUGUUACAUUUUAAAAUCCCUGCAUUUUGCAAUCAAACUAAAAAGCAAAUACAUUUCCAGCACUGCUAUAAAGAAAAAAUUAAAUCCUGUAAUUUGAUGGUGCCAAAUUAUAUGCAGGGAAACUCAUGCUGGGUGCUGACCACCUCUGAAUGUGAGAGACACUGUACAUUUGUCAAAAAUAGCAUAUUUCCUGAGUGAAAUUUAUCUUUGAUCAAACAUUCAACAAAAUGAUGUUGCUGCUGCUUUUGUAUCUCAGAAAUUUUUACGUGUAUGGUGACUAUGUUUGCACGUACUGUCUGUGUGUUUUUACAUAUUUGAAUGCACACAACUAUUUAUUUAUAGGUGUUAAUGAUAUAUAUUGUGAGCUGUUGGCCAAUAUUCUCUUGCUUUGUGGUCUUAAAGCUUCUGGUCUUAGGCCUAUUUUUAAGGGGUCAGAUUUUCCUGUGUCUGGAGCUACAAUUUGCUUAAAAUAGUUUUUAGUAAACCAACAUAAAACAUUAUUUUUUGAGGCUUACAGUAAGCCAGCAGACUUUCCCCCUGGAGCUGCAGUAUCAUUUCACAUUACACACUCUCACAUCAAAGUGCCACAAGUUCUGGUGUUUAGUAAAACCACACAUCAGUGUAAGUUAAGAUUGAGUUGUACAUGGAAUUUUCUUAAAAUAUUCAUCACUAGUCCUCACAUUACUAGGUUUUAUUUAGCCUACAAAAAUUUAUCUAUAUUCAUUCCAUAGUGAUACAGCAUUAGUGGUGGAAAUAUUUAAACUGAGGUGAUUGCUGCAGUGUACAAGGGGCCUUUAAACGUCAAGCCUAGAGACAUUUAUCUUGACUACAUAAGUGUCAGCUUUUGAAUUGAACACAACAUAUCUCCAGACUUGGGAUUUUUGAGGUGAGGAUAUAUAUUUUAGAAAUAAAAUUCUGCUAUUCUUGUUAAGCCAAGAAAACUGGAUUUAUGAUUAACUUCGUACUUUCUGAAAAUUAAGCGUAAGAAAGAUGAAAAUUAGGUGUAUUUUUUUUAGAUACAUGUUCUUUACAGGAGAGCAACACUAGUUGUGCAUGAAAAUCUUUUUACUUUUGCACUCUGUUAAACUGUAACCUCAAAGUACGUUUGAAGGACAAUCGCUGAUGUUCAGUCUGUAUACUGUGAAUGUGAGUGCCUUUGUAUCUACUGACAGAGUUACUGGGGUCAGUUAUUAUUAAAGUGCUUGACUGAAACUAAA